CGUGGUGGCAAUAAUGUGGCUUUCGUGGGCUUUGUGCCUAAUAGCUCUGCUUGUCGCGCCGUCAGCGGCCCAGGAGAUGUCUUCUGAGACCCCGAGCACAACCACAGCUUUGCCAGCCACGCUUAAAGGACCCCGCUAUCCUUAUAUCGUCUCCAUCGGUUCAAACGAGAAAGGAUAUAACAAACAUCUCUGUGUUGGCGUGAUAAUUUCGAAUGAGCAUGUCCUUAGUGCGGCCCACUGCAUAAAAUCACAAAAAAAAGACAAGUUGUAUGUUUCCGGUGGUGACGAUUGGCUUAACAGCCGAACUCAAAAGCAGACUCGGUUUGUUGUUGUCCAAGUUAUUUGGCAUCCCCAGUUUAAGGAGCUCGGCGGCCACGACAUUGCGCUUGUGAAGGUCCACCCAAGUUUCCCGCUGGACAAUAUCAGAUUUCGAAGUAUCGACUUUGCAAGCAAGAUCCAGAUCGGUGGUGGUGUAUCGGCUUCUCUUCUUGGCUGGGGAAGGGUGAAGAUGAACCAAGUGAGGAAAUUAAAGGAGCUGCCCUUUCUGACAAUGGAAAACUCUCUGUGUAAGCUUAGGCAUCGAUUCAUUUUCCUCACUGAGACAGACAUCUGCGCAAUGCACCUGAAAGGACCAGUUGGAGCCUGCGACGGAGACUCAGGAGGCCCUUUAAUGGACGUGGUUAAAGAGAAGAUCUACGGUAUACUUUCUUACGGCAAAAAAGCCUGCAAGCCAAAUCAGCCCUAUGCAUUUACUCGGGUUAAUAUAUAUUCGGAUUGGAUUGAGAAAACUAUGGGAAAAAUGAAAAUAAAUAUUAGUAUGGUCAAUCGAACUAAACGGGAAGACAUAAAAAGAAGAGGUAGAUAGUUAAGAACGCAAUUAAUAAAAUAUUUUGCAAAUACGUUUUUAAGGAUAAAAUCAUACCCAUCUGUUAUAGAACUUCUUUUUUAACAAAAAUUAAAAUAAACAAC